GGCUCCACACACACACACACACACACACACACAAGCAUACACGCGCUCACACAGAGAGAAAAUCCUCUUGCCUCUUGAUUUAUGGAAACAAUUAUGAUUCUGCUGGAGAAUUUCUCAGCUGAAAAAUAGUUUGUAGCUACAGUAGAGAGGCUCAAGUUGCACAAGGCAGACAACAGACAUGGAAUGCUUGUGUAUCCAGCUGUUAUCAACAGAACAAAAGUCAAGUAGUAAACAGUGUCGCAGCAACUGAGCUUAUUACAACCUGUUUUUAUAAGGAAACACCAACAGCGAGUUAUUUAAGGAGGAAUCCUGUAUUGUUAUCAGGACCUAAAGAGAUAAGGAUAACAGUUUGGAAAAAGACAACUACUCUUUCUUAAAUCAAUCUACAAUUCACAGAUAGGAAGAGGUCAGUGACCUAGGAGCAACAAUCAACUCAAGAUUUAAUUUUCAUUAUGUUAUUCAUGAACACCCGGAGCACUACACUAUAAUGCGCAAAUGGAUACUGACAUGGAUCCUGCCAACUUUGCUCUACAGAUCAUGCUUUCACAUUAUCUGUCUAGUGGGCACUAUAGCUUUAGCUUGCAAUGACAUGACUCCAGAGCAAAUGGCUACAAAUGUGAACUGUUCCAGCCCUGAGCGACAUACAAGAAGCUAUGAUUACAUGGAAGGAGGGGAUAUAAGAGUGAGAAGACUCUUCUGCCGAACACAGUGGUAUCUGAGGAUUGAUAAACGAGGCAAAGUCAAAGGAACCCAAGAGAUGAAGAACAGUUACAAUAUCAUGGAAAUCAGGACAGUGGCAGUUGGAAUUGUGGCAAUCAAAGGGGUCGAAAGUGAAUACUAUCUUGCAAUGAAUAAGGAAGGAAAACUCUAUGCAAAGAAAGAAUGCAAUGAAGAUUGCAACUUCAAAGAAUUAAUUCUGGAAAACCAUUACAACACAUAUGCAUCAGCUAAAUGGACACACAGCGGAGGAGAAAUGUUUGUUGCUUUAAAUCAAAAGGGGGUUCCUGUAAGGGGGAAAAAAACAAAGAAAGAACAAAAAACAGCCCACUUUCUUCCCAUGGCAAUAACAUAAUCAUAUAUGGUAUAUAAGAAACCAGUUCCAGCAGGGAGAUUUCUUUAAGUGGACUGUUUUCUUUCUUUUUCUCUUCUCUUCUCUUCUUUUUUUUUUUUUUAA